CACCAGGUUAAGAGAUCGAGACCAUCCUGGUCAACAUGGUGAAACCCCGUCUCUACUAAAAAUACAAAAAUUAGCUGGGCAUGGUGGUGCGCACCUGUAGUCCCAUCUACUCGGGAGGCUGAGGCAGGAGAAUUGCUUGAACCCAGGAGGUGGAGGUCGUGGUGAGCCAAGAUCAUGCCAUUGCACUCCAGCCAGGGUAACAAGAGCGAAGCUCCGUCAAAAAAAAAAAAAAAAAAAGUUAAAAAAAAUGUAUUUAAAUGUAAAGUUUAAAAUUGUUUUUAAAAAUCCAUUCAUGGUAAAAAGUAUUCAUGGAUACAUUUUUGUUUCUAUAUAUGCCAAGGAAAACUUUGCAGAGAUUUCUACUCAAAAUUGAUUUUAGAAACAUGUAAGUUAGAGAUACCAGGUCAAUUGUAUCAGCACAGAUGUUCUAAGGAUAUCCAAGUGUAUGUGGAUAAAGCAAAGGGCUGAGCCAGCAGCCCCCAGUGGUUCCCGCAGUACUUGAACUCCUGACCUCAAGUGAUCUGCCCUCCUUGGCCUCCCAAAGUGUUUGGAUUACAAACAGGAGCCACCAUGUCCAGCCCUUUUUCUUAUUCUUACUGGUAGUUUUCAAUGUUCUGUCAUAGAACUGUUUUAAGAUGUAGUAACAAAAAUAAAAUAUCCUAUAUGAAUAUGAGCUUAGGGUGAGACUGAAUGGCUCUGGGCCAUGACAAAAAAGCUCAGGCUUGAUUAAGUAGAUGCUGGGGAGCUGCUGCACUCUUGAGAAGGGAGUGAUCUGUUGAAAUCUGGGUUUUAGAAACAUUUAGAAAGAGGCCCUACCAAGCCCUCACAGCACGGAUGGGAGGGCCCUGCUGCCAGCUGCUGCAUUUUCCUCAUGUAAAGGGGAAAGUGUAGGCUUAGAUCUUGGCUCAGAGAGGAGGACCAGCCCUACAAACACUGAAAGUUUGAAACUCAAGAACUGGACCUGAGGUUAAGAUGCAGGAAUGAAGAAGGAAGGAUUUACUUGCUCUGUUUGUUUGUAAAGGGUCACUUUGAUCUGAGACACUCUUUAAUCCACUCCUGCAUGGAGAUUAAACAGGGAUUUUUCUCUGAUCAGCAAUGCUCUGCAUUCCACCCCUUCUGAAAGACAAGUGGAAAAAAAUAAUAUCGUGAAACCUGCCUUUCGUUAUUCUCUGUGACAGCACUAAAGAGCUACAAGGAAAACAAGAUGUUUUCUGAUAUUCUUCUUUCUACUAAACUUAAAAGAAUACUUCUUACAGAUAAUAUCAUCUGUUAAAUCAUUUCCUGCAUUUAAUAAGAGUUACUGGAAAAGUAUUUUUGUAAAAUAUGUAAUUUCCUGGACAACUCUGGUGAUGUGGCCGAAAUCUCUGCACGCAGCUGCCCUCCCCGUGCCCUCUUGGCCCUGGAAGAGCUCGGUGUCCUUCAACCCCAUCCUUCCUGGACUUACUUAUCCUUCCACAUGCCUGGGGCUCUUCUCAGCCUGCAGAUACCUUUCUACGGAUUCUCUCUAUGGAUUCCUCUCCUUGUGCUCUCUUGGCCAGACAAUCUUUCCUGGGGCAGCUUCAAAAGAUAGUCCAUGAUAUUAAAAACAAUGAAGGUGGAAUAAUGAAUAAAAUCAAAAAGCUAAAAGUCAAAGCACCUCCAAGUGUUCCUCGAAGGGACUAUGCUUCAGAGAGCCCUGCUGAUGAAGAGGAACAGUGGUCUGAUGACUUUGGUCUUGCUUUAUCACCGAGGCUGGAGUGCAAUGGCAUGAUCUCGGCUCACUACAACCUCCACCUCCUGGGUUCAAGCGAUUCUUCUGCCUCAGCCUCCCAAGACAGUGACUAUGAAAAUCCAGACGAGCACUCGGAUUCAGAGAUGUACGUGAUGCCUGCCGAGGAGAAUGUGGAUGACAGCUACGAGCCGCCUCCGGUGGAGCAGGAGACCAGGCCGGUUCACCCAGCCCUGCCCUUCGCCAGGGGCGAGUAUGUAGACAACCGAUCAAGCCAGAGGCAUUCCCCACCCUUCAGCAAGACACUUCCCAGUAAGCCCAGCUGGCCUUCGGAGAAAGCAAGGCUCACCUCCACCCUGCCGGCCCUGACUACUCUGCAGAAACCUCAAGUCCCAGCCAAACCCAAAGGCCUCCUUGAGGAUGAGGCUGAUUAUGUGGUCCCCGUGGAAGAUAAUGAUGAAAACUAUAUUCAUCCCACAGAAAGCAGCUCACCUCCACCUGAAAAAGCUCCCGUGGUGAAUAGAACAACCAAGCCAAAUAACUCCUCAAUGCCGGCCUCUCCCCUGGGAACAGCUUCAGGUCGAAACAGUGGGGCCUGGGAAACCAAGUCACGUUUACCAGUUGCGCCAUCCCCGUUGCCACGGGUAGGGAAAAAACCGACGCCACUGAAGACAAUUCCAGUUGCCUCUCAACAGAAUGCUUCAAGGGUUUGUGAAGAAAAACCUAUACCUGCUGAACGCCACCGAGGGUCAAGUCAUAGACAAGAAGCUGUGCAGUCACCAGUGUUUCCUCCUGCCCAGAAACAAAUCCAUCAAAAACCCAUACCUCUGCCAAGAUUUACAGAAGGGGGAAGCCCAACUGUGGAUGGGCCCCUACCCAGCUUUUCAUCCAAGUCCACUAUUUCAGAACAGGAAGCUGACGUUCUCUGCAAGCCAUGGUAUGCUGGUGCCUGUGAUCGAAAGUCUGCUGAAGAGGCAUUGCACAGAUCAAAUAAGGAUGGAUCAUUUCUCAUUCGGAAAAGCUCUGGCCAUGAUUCCAAACAACCAUAUACCCUAGUUGUAUUCUUUAAUAAGCGAGUAUAUAAUAUUCCUGUGCGAUUUAUUGAAGCAACGAAACAAUAUGCCUUGGGCAGAAAGAAGAAUGGUGAAGAGUACUUUGGAAGUGUUGCUGAAAUCAUCAAGAAUCAUCAACAUAGUCCUCUGGUUCUUAUUGAUAGUCAGAAUAACACAAAAGAUUCCACCAGACUGAAGUAUGCAGUUAAAGUUUCAUAAAGAAGAAAAAAAGGUCAAUAUCAUUGCUUCAGACAUUUUCCCCAAGCUUCUCCUUUUGAGAAAAAGUCCUAAAACUUCAUAUUUUGGAUUAUGAAUCAGCCAGUAAUAAAAUAGAAGAUGGAGUCAGCUAUUGAGGUGGUCAUCCAUUUCUUUUUAAGAAGGUCACAUGGACUUUUUCUACCUAUUGUCUGACCUGUGAACUGUUCAUAUCUGGUGAGGUUGACUUAUCAUGCUACUAAUAUUUUCCAAAUAAAUAUCUUCAUUUUUGAAAAGAAGUGUAAAGUACAUUCUCAAAAUAAGAAAAUAAUACUCUUGCAUAAAACGAAGUGGCUGGAAAUGUAAACCUCCACAGCGAUCAUUUGUACACUAAUAUAGCUGGGCUUUCUAUUGCCAAUGCUUGACAAUUAAGUUUUGGUUAAAAUUUUAAUUUGUAGAAAAUAAAGUAUUAUGGGUAAUGUAUGAUAUCUGUAAAUAUAGACAAGAAGGAUGUAAUGGUGAGCACUCCCAACCACUGGAGAUGUAUAUGGAUAUGAACUUUCUGUAAGUUCUUGUCUAGGAUUAUGCUGUUAGUUUUGCUUACUAAAGAUAAUUAUACCCUC